GGUGACAGCCACUCCUUUGUUUGUUCACUUGCGUGGAGAAGUAAUGCAAUCUUGACGGCUGGGAGAUCCGAUGGUAGUAUUGUUGAUUAUGACAUUAGAAAAGAUGAUCGGGCCAUCUGUGACUAUAGAGGGCAUCGACUAGAAGUUUGUAGUCUUAAAUGGUCCGAAUUGUUUGGGCGGUAUCUGGCUAGCGGAGGGAAGGACAAACUUGUGCACAUAUGGGACACCCGCAUGGCUGUUGCAAAUCACCAUCCGCGCCAACAUCAAUUGCUUCACAAGAUCAGCAACCACACUUCCACUGUGAGGGCCCUUGAUUGGUGCCCUACCAGGAGCAAUCUGCUGGCUUCUGGUGGAGGACGCAAUGAUCAUUGCAUUAAGUUUUGGAGUGCUGUUAAUGGUGUUUGCUUGAACUCGAUUGAUACCGGCUCUGAAGUUUGUGCGUUGUUGUGGGACAAGAACAAUUCUGAAUUGCUGACCUCCUAUGGGUUUCCAAACAAUCAACUCAUCUUGUGGAAUUACACAUCCAUGACGAGAAAAGCUGAGCUUUUUGGUCAUUCAUCUCGUGUUCUUUACUUGGCUGGGAGCCCAUUGGGAGGUGUAGUAGCUUCUGCAGCAGAAGAUGAGACACUCAAGUUCUGGAAUAUCUUUGAGACUCCCAAACCACCAAAACCUGAAGCAAACACUGUGCCCUUUGCCCAAUUUAGUGUCAUAAGAUGAAAAUGCUGAUGGUUGGAAAAGACUAGGAGAGUAAUACGGAAAACUUCUUUAGUGCUUGACAAGAAGAUCCAUUGUUGAUAGCGUUGCAUAGAGCAGUUUGUGACAUCAAAGAGGCAAUAUAUUUUAAUACAAGCAUCAUACAUUUAAGAUCUUCAGA